GGAUCGUGAGGACAGUGGAGAGCUGAAGAUAAUGAAUGUCCAGUUGAGACACGAGGGACGCUACACCUGUACAGCCCAGACUGUCGUGGACAACGUCACCGCGUCAGCAGACCUCAAGGUCAAAGGCCUUCCUGCUCCUCCCGGUGGGGUGAGGGUUGAGGAGAUCAGGGACACCUCGGUGAAGCUGGUGUGGAACCGAGGGGCCGACCAUGGCAGCCUCAUCCUUGGGUACACCAUCCAGACCAGAGACGUCUACGCACUAACUGAAGUGGACUGGAGGGACGCAUCCACCUCCCCUACGGCCCUGGAUGGCAUGUCAGUGAUGGCUGAUGUUGUGGACCUGUACCCCUGGAUGGAGUAUGAGUUCAGGGUCUAUGCUACUAAUGAAUUUGGAGACGGAGAGGCCAGCAUCCCUUCAAUGAAGAUCAAAACCUGGGAUGCAGGUAGGGACCAGCCUGGGGCACUAACAUGUUGUUGUUGCAGGUAGGGACCAGCCUGGGGC